UACAAAAUCUAUCGAGAUUAAGGUCCCGGAUGAAAUGUAUAUGCACAUAUGUAGAUGUUAAAGUUUCUCCCUAAUUAAUAUGCAAAGAGGUGAAUUUCAAUGCACAUGUAAUGUAUAUGUGCAUGUGUGCAUAUGUGUAUGUGUGUGUGUAUCUAGAAUAUCAAAUCACCCCCACACACACACAUAUUUGUCACAAACUGCAACAAAGCAUAUAAAAAAGAUAUUUCUUUUAGAUCAGAAACAAUUGCAACUUAUUUUCAGACGUUAAUAGUAAACGAAGAAAGACCAUGGAUUCCGAAGAAAUAGAAAAAGAAAUCAGAAGUACUUUCACACAAUUCUUCGACAAGAACGGUAUUCCGAUGCCUAUUUAUAGAUAUAAAGGACACUAUAUUCCUUAUUCGGAAUUCACGGUAUUAGCUUUAUCCAAACUAAAUACGGUGAAAAUAAGACCUGAUGAUAUUUUGAUGUGUACAUAUCCUGGAACGGGCUCACACUGGUUGUUUGAAAUGGCUUCCAUGAUACUGAACGGGAACUGUGAAAGAGUUUCUGUUGUAAAGGAAGAGAUGCUGAUAGACUGGGCACCGGGAGAGACUCUCGAAGCAAUUAAAUCACCUCGACUCAUGAGUACACAUCUUCCUAUUACAUUUAUACCCCAAGAAUUGCUAAAGGAUCAUAAAAUGAUCUUUCUAAAUCGCAGCCCGAAAUCUUCGAUGGUAUCAUUCUACAGACAUAUAAAGAAGAUUAAUAUGUUUGGAUACAAUGGAGAGUUUGCCGGCUUUUUCGACCUAUUUAUGAAAGGAGAAGUUCCUUAUGGUGAUUACUUUAAACAUAGCCAAGAAAUGUAUGCUUUUAGUAAAGAUAACCCAAAUGUGCUUAUCAUAACUUUUGAAGAAAUGAAAAAGGAUCCAGUCAAUGCAGUUUUACUUAUUGCUAAGUUCUUGGAGAAAACAGUUCCUGACAAACUUGCUGAAAGUAUUGCUGAUAUGUGUUCGUUUGAUAAAAUGAAGGCAGAAAAAGAAUUAGUUUGUUCGUAUUUUAGGGAAGCAAGCAAAUUGAAACCUGUUGGUACUGUUUACCAUUCUGGCGCCGUAGAUACAUGGAAAAAAUGGUUGACCGUUGAGCAGAAUGAAAAAAUGGAAGCGAAGAUCCAAUCGGAAUUCUCUGAUCGAGAAAUCAAAUUUAACUUUUGAAGUAUUCACUGAUUUUAGAAAUGAGCGUUUUGUACUAGCUGAAAGUUUUAGUCCUAAUAUGAAAAUUUGUAACGGCUUAUUAAUGAAAUAAAUGCAUAAUAUAAGAACAUUGUAAGUGAUUAUAAAUCAUA